AUGGCUAUUACUGGUGCGUUUAGAACGACGCCAACAGCGGCGAUGGAGGUACUGCUAGACCUCUCGCCGCUACACCUAGUGAUACAAUCUGAGGCGCGGAAAUCGCUACACAGGUUGACCCUAACAGGACUCUGGAGCGAUAGCAAGCCAAAGACCAAACACACAAACAUGGAAUGCGACAAUUUCAUGGAAAGGAUUACGAACAUGGGCUGCGAUAAGAUGCAACCCAAGUUUGUGUUCCAUAAGAAUUUUAACGUUAAAAUUCCAACAAGGGCUGAGUGGACCGAAGGUCUUGAAGCACCAAUCUCUGAUGAAAACGACAUUAUAUGGUACACAGAUGGGUCUAAGACAGAAUCUGGUACGGGGGCAGGCAUUUAUGCAAAUGACUUUAGUAGUAGCAUAAGCAUGGGCAAUUACGCCACUGUCUUCCAAGCCGAGACAUUCGCUAUAAUUGCCUGUGUUCAUGAGAAUAUAGUUAGGCGAACCCAAGGGAAGAAUAUCUAUAUACUCAGCGACAGUCAGGCCGCUCUCAAAGCGCUCGAAGCUCCCAGAGUGGACUCUAGACUGGUAUAUAAUGGCGUCCAAGCUCUGAACCAGCUUGGAAGGCAAAACAGGGUGCAACUGGUAUGGAUCCCAGGGCACGAGGGAUUCAUAGGCAAUGAAAAUGCAGAUGAACUCGCCAGAGCCGGAUCUGCAAGUAACCUUAUAGGUCCGGAACCAUUCGUGGGGCUCUCACAGGGAACCAUCACAACGGCUAUUAAAGACCAUACCAAGACUAAACACCAGGAAGAAUGGGAUAGUCUGAAGGGUCUAAAGCAUGCAAAGCUCUUUAUGCAAGGAUAG